AUGGCUGCUGAGCGGAACCAUCGCUCCAGGAGGCCCUCCAAAAUGCCUGAGGGGCUCCAGGGCACAGUGGCAGCACCUGGGCACCUGAAGCCAGCCAGGGAGGCAAAGCAGCCUGCAACUGAGAUGCCUGAGGUCAUGGAGAGCCUGGGUGGCACUCAGGAGGGGAGCCUGCCCCGGAUCAUCCAGAGGGGAGGCAAGGCUGAGGAGAGGAGGCUGCCCCACCUCAAGCACAGGCUGGGCAACAUUCAGAAGAUGUGGCUGCCCCCAGUCUCCACCCAGAGGGGCAGCAGCCAGGAGGGGAAGCUGCCCCCUGUUGCCAGGAGGGGCAAGCCUGAGGCCAGGACCCUGCCCCUGGUUCCCCAGCCUGCAGACUCCAGUGAGGCCUCCUGUCCAGAGCAGAGCUGCUUUGAGCCUCUCCCAUCAGAGGUGGUCUUUCAGAACUGCCUCCCCCACCAGGCCUACGAAGAGACGCUGGUUCUGCGCAACAAGGGCAGGGUUCCUCAGUGGGUGAAGGUCACCAUGGAGCCCUCUCCUUACUUCAAGUUGCUUGGCCCCAAGGGUGUGAGCCAGAAGGUAGCACCUGGCAUGGCCUCUACCUACCGCAUCCUUUUCACCCCCGAGGAGCACAAGGACUACUGCCACCAGCUGCUGUGUGUCACCCAGAGGGAGCAGUUCCCUGUGCCCAUCCGGGCUGUGGGUGCCCAGGCCCUGCUGGACUUCCCCCAGCAGCUGAGCUUCUCCCUCUGCCCGGUCAGGCACAGCACCCAGAGGACUCUGCUGCUGCGCAACCUGGGCCAGCGGGAGGCUCGCUACAGCCUCAGCACUCAGAGCCCAUUCUCUGCUGAGCCCUGCCUGGGAGCUCUGGGGGCCAGGGACGCCGUGCAGGUGACUGUGGAGUUCCUGCCGCUGCGGACCGGGGAGCACCGCGGGGUCCUGACCCUGCACUGUGACUCAGGAGAAGACAUUCACAGCAGCCUCAGUGGCACAGCUGUGGAUGUGAACAUCAGGCUGGACAGGAGCUCCUUGACCAUGGAGAAGACCUACCUGUCGCUGAGCACCCGCAGCACCCUGCUCAUCCACAACGGCAGCGAUGUCAGCGCUCGCUUCCAGUGGAAGGCUGCUGCUAGUCAGGAGGAGGAGGAGCAGCAGCAGAGGCUGCAGGGGCACUUCAAGCCACAUCCCCCCGAGGAGCCCAGGAAGCAGCCUGCUCUCCAAGGACGCCGUUCCCGGCUCUCCCACCUCUUCCAGCAGCAGAGGGCGAAGGCGCAAGGAGAGGCCCCGCUGCGCUCCCAGAUCUUCACCAUCGAGCCGCUGGAGGGAGAGGUGUGGCCACACUGCUCAGCUGAGAUCCAGGUGACCUUUAGGCCCCAGGCAGCCAGAGUCUAUGAAGCAAGGCUCUACUGUGACAUCUCAGGCUGUGAGGCCAGGCUGCCUCUGCACAUCCAAGGGGAAGGCCGAGGGCCCUGGCUCUGCUUCAGCAUUGACCAGCUGGACCUUGGGCAGCUGUUGGUUGGCUCCACCAACAGCUCUGAGGUGACUCUGCACAACAAAGGAGCCAUCGAUGCCUCCUUCAGCCUGGUCCCUCCAGCUACAGCUCUGGGCUCCUGCUUCAGCUUCUCCCCCUGUCAGGGCCUGGUUUUGCCAGGUGGGUUCCAGGUUGUCCAGGUCUGCUGCUGUCCCACUGUCCUGGGGCACUUCAGAGAAGAGUUCAGCUUCCGUGUGGAAGGAUGCCCUGAGCCUCUGACCCUGACUGUCAGGGGCUGUGUCUCUGCACCUUCUCUGCACUUCGAUGUCCCUUGCCUGCGCUUCGGGGACGUCUCCUAUGGCUUCCCUCACAGCCUGUUCUGUCGCCUCACCAACGCCUCCCCGCUGCCCCUGGCCUUCGCCCUCCGCCUGCCCGGGGACGGCACGGCAGAGCCCAGCGUGCCCAGCGCUGCCCAGGUGCUGGACAACUCUCUGCCCUCCUGGAGGAGGGCAGCCAGCGGGCUCCUCAGGCCCUGUGAGUUCACCAUCAGCCCUUGCAGAGGCACCCUCUGUGCCAGGAGCUUCGUGGACAUCCAGGUCACCCUGUGCUCCAACACCCUGGGCACCUACAGUCUGGCACUGGUGGUAGAUGUGGAUGGUGUGGGCCAGGAGCUGCUGUCACUGCCCCUCACAGCCAGGUGUGUGGCUCCCGCUCUGCGAGUGCCCAACCCCGUGGUGAGCUUCGGCCGCUGCUCCCUGCAGCUCCCUGCCCAGCAGCUGCUGACCCUGCUGAACGACAGCGACCUGCCAGGCUGCUAUGCACUGCUGCCUCAGGAGCAGCAGGAGGAUGCUGCUGUGCUGUACUCCAGCCCUGUGCCCUGUGGCAUCAUUCAGCCUCACAGCGCCGUGGAGGUGCCCCUGACCCUGGUGGCCCAGGCGCUGGGGAGCCAGGACACUCCUGCCUCUGUGGCUGUCUUUGGGCGUGCAGGACACCCCCUGGAAAUCCACUUGGUGAGCACUGGAGAGGGCCCAGUUGUCUCCGUGCAGCCCAAAGAGAUCAACUUUGGCAGCAUCCAGGUGCUGCAGGAUGUCUCCCGGAGCCUGCAGCUCUGCAAUCAGAGCCCCAUCCCUGCAGCCUUCCAGGCAGAGGUGUCUGGCAGAGGCCGGUGCUGGAGGGUCGAGCCCAGCCGAGGAGUGAUCCCCGCCGAGGGCCAGGUGUCCGUGUCCGUCAUAGCCAACCUGGCCGACACGGAGCAGCUGCAGGCCGAGGUGCGGCUGCUGGUGGAGCACAGCCGUGGCUACAGCGUCCCCGUGCGGGCCCUGGGCGUCGGCAGCACCAUCGUCCUCGACAGGCCCUUGGCUCCGCGGCUCAGCCUGGGCGCUCGCUUCAGCCUGGCUCCCUGCUGCUACAGCUUCCAUGUCACCAACCGAGGCCGCCGCUCCCAGCGCCUCUACUGGAGCAUAGGAGGCUGCUCCCUGCCUGCCCUCGGCAGCACCGAGGCCAGAGCUCCCCCCCAGAGCCUCGCAGUUGCCUGCCCUGUGUUUCAGCUUCGGCCCAAGUUUAUGGAGCUGAGGCCAGGCCAGACGAUGGAGGUGAUGCUGGAAGGCUUCUCCAGCACUCCCCAGGCGGUGAGGGAGCAGCUGCUGUGCCAGGCCGCGGUGGGCAGCCAGGCCAGGAGCCAGAUCCUGCAGGUGGAGCUCAGCUGCCAGUUCGUUGCUCCUGCCCUGCAGAUGUCCUCCACAGCAAUCUCCUUCCACGUGGAGAAGCAAGCAGGGGAUGUCCUCACUCCCCUGGCCCAGCCUCUUUCCUUGAAGAACAUCUGCCCCCUGCCACUCAGCAUGGUCCUGGCCUUAGGGCAGCCCUUCUCCAUCUGUGACAAGGAGCAGCAGCCCCUGCCUGCAGAUGCUCAGCCCUUGAAGCUGGAGGCAGGGCAGGAGCUUGCCCUCUGCAUCACCUUUAACCCUGCUCAUGAGGAGGGUCUGCAUUCCUGGCACGUGGAGCAGGCUCUGAGGAUCCAGUUCCUGGAGCACCCUCACCAGGAGCAGGUCCUGCUGCGGGGAGAAGUCUGCUUCCCCAACCUGCGCUUCCAGACCACGGCUGUGGACUUUGGCUGCAUCCUCAGCGGCACUGGAGCUGUGCAGAGCCUGGAGAUGACCAACUGCAGCCAGCUGCCUGUCCACUACUGCUGGCAGCUGCUGCCAGACAGCCAGGGCAGCCAGCUGAGGUGCAGCCUCCCGGCCCGAGCAGCGCAGGAGGAGAGAGCCUGCGGGCGGCGCUCGGCCUCUGCAGGGAGCGGCUCCGGGCCUGGGGGUGCUGUGCAGCAGGAGGGUGCCCUGGCAGGCACUGUGGAAGCUCCCAGCCCAGGUGGGAUGAGGCAGCUGAUGAAGCUGCAGGAGACAGAGCCCCACAGGCUGGGAUUGGAGGAGGUGUUCGAUGUGCUGCCUCUGUAUGGGCUGCUGCAGCCAGGCCAGAGCCAGCAGGUCACCUUCAGCUUCUUUGGCCACCCCAACGUUGUGGCCAGUGCCAGGGCCCUCUGCAGGGUGCAGGGAGGCCCCAGCUACGAGCUCAGGCUGCGUGGGGAGGCCUCAUCCAUCAGCUACCUGCUGGAGCCCACGGAGCUGGACUUUGGGCUGCAGCUGUGGGACUCGGUGAUGGAGGCAGAGCUGACCCUGCAGAACAGUGGGAAGCUGCCCUUCACCUUUGUGGUGCUGAGCCCUGGCACGGCCACUGCCCGCAGCCCCCUGCCCGGCGUGCCCCUGGUGGUGCCCAGCACGGGCUGCCUUGGAGCCGGCCAGCAGCAGGUGCUGCAAGUCUCUUACCUGCCAGAAGUGCCUGGGCCCUUCUGCAAGGCUUUCCAGCUCCAAGUGGGUCACCUGCAGCCACAGGAGAUCUGCCUGAAAGGAGAGGGAAGCUUUCCCAGGAUCUGCCUGGACCUGCCCAGGAACAUCCAAGGAAACAAGAAAUAUGAGAAGAUUCUCAGGGAGCUGAGAGGGGAGAUGGCUCAGGACAAGGAGAGAGCCAGAGCAGAUGGCCUGGGGGAGGCUGCAGCCGCAGAACCACCCCCAGACGACUUGGAGGCCACGCUGGACCCUGGGCUGCAGGUGCAGCUGGAGGACAUCCUGCUCAAGGAGCACAUCCUGGAGCAGCAGGCAGCUGUGGCCUGCAGCGCCCCAAAGGAAGCUGCCCUCGGGCUGCGUGCUGGCCGCAGGCUUCUCAAAGCUGAGCUGCCUGAGUACGUUCUGGACUUCGGCUGCGUGGCUCUGGGUGGCAUCCACAGGCGCAGCGUGAAGGUCACCAGCCUGGGGCACUUCCCUGCGUCCUUCCAAGUCCGUGGGCAGCUCCUGUGUGGCACAGGCUUCAGCGUGGACCUGGAGCGCGUGGAGCAGCUGCCCUGCUCCCAGAGCAGGAGCUUCACCGUGUGCCUGGAGCCCCAGAGUGCCACCCAGCCGCUGGGCGAGGCGGCCCUGCUGCUGCCCAUCCAGGUGACAGGAGGCCCCACGCUUCGUCUCCUCCUGCGUGCCAGGGGGGUUGUGCCCUCCCUCUGCCUCUCCAGGGCCAGGCUGGAGUUCUCCUCUGUCCAGUGUGGGCAGUGCCAGGAGGAGACCACUCGGCUCUACAAUCAGCUCCCAGUGCCCUGUCGGUGGUUCCUCAGCAGGGAGGAGCCUGCUGAGAAGGUGGAGAAGCCUUCGGCAGCCAGCAGGCGUGGGAAGCUGCCGCGGGAGCCGAAGGCCAAGGCCGGCAUCUUUGGGGUGCUUCCCUCGGCUGGAGUCCUGGCCCCUGGGCAGUGGUGCAACCUGCGAGUCCGGUUUUGCCCCGGGGAAGAGAAGCUCUACAGCAGCCAAAUGAAGAUCAACAUUUGCCACAGCAGCCAGCACCUCCAGCUGCUGGUCUCAGGCAGGGGGCUGGAGCCACGGCUGGAGUUCCAGCCUGAAGUGCUGGAGCUGGGGCCAGUGCUGCCAUCCAGCCCUGGGGCACAGGGCACAGUGGUGGUGAGGAACCCUUGCAGCUUCCCCAUCGAGUUUUACUCCUUGGAGUACGACCAGCAGUACCUUGCUGAGGAGCAGCUCCUGAGGGCGCUGGAAGGCUUCGACUGCCGCAGCACCUUGCUGCUGCCUCCUCGUGUCCCGGGGCAGCAGCUGCCUCCAGAGCUGCUGCAGCUGUCUUGGGCCCAGCAAAGGCUGCAGGAUGAGCAGGCCAAGGCCAAGCCUGAGGAGCCCACGGCCCAGGAGCAGGGAGCCGAGGGGCUGGUGGGGAUGAUGAGGACGACAGGAGGGCAGGAGGCUGACUCUGGUACCUGUGUGUGCACAGCAGAGCAGCAGCAAAGCACCACUGGCACCAGGGAGGCCUCAGAAGAGCUGGAGGCCAGCCCAGUCCGUCGGGGCCCGGCCCGGCCCCUGGGCACCGCUGCGUCUGCCGAAGGAGCUGCAGCCCCACAGGGCAGGGGCAUCGUGGUCAUCGUCCACGGGGCACCCCUGGCAGGCAAGACGUCGGCAGCGGCCGCCCUGGCCAAGCACUACGGCGCCGCCUGCCUGGCCCUGGACGCUGUGGUGAGCGAGGCCGUGGCGGCCGGGAGCAGCGCGGCAGGGCGGCGAGCCCGGGAGCUGUGCAGCGCCGGCAGCCGGCAGAGCCCGCAGCAGCCGCGGGAUGGCCGCUCCCCGGGCUGGCGACGCUACUCCAAGGGCUCCUCCGGCUCUCCUCUGGUCUCGGCGCCUCCGGCACAGCUCCGGCUCAGCCCCAGGGGCAGCGGCGUGGCAGAGCUGGGCCUGGUGAGCUGUGUGCUGCCCCAGGAGCUGCUGGUGGCCAUCCUCUCCGAGAGGCUGCAGCUGAGGGACUGCUGCCAGGGAGUGGUGUUUGAUGGCCUGCAGAGCCUCUUUGCAGGCAGCACGCUGUCUGCUCUCCUCUGCCUGCUCAAAGCUGUGGGAAACCGACCCCACAUCUACUUUGUCAACCUGCUCCAGGACUAUGGCUCUUGGCAAGCCAGGCAGGCAGCUGCAGAGGAGCGGGCAGGCCGGGAGCAGGAGGCUGCAGCCCGGAGGGAGGAAGCCCUGCUCUGGGAGCUGGGGGAGGAGGAGUUUGAUGCCCUCCCGGAGCAGCAGAAAGCUCAGCUGGAGAGCAGGGUCCGGCAGCUCCAGCGGGAGAGGAAGCAGAGGUCUGUAAGCCUUCUGGUGCAGCUGGCUAGAGAGCAGCAGGAGCAGCAGCAGCGCCGCAAGGAGGCGGAGGAGCUGAAGCAGCAGGGCCAAGGCAAAGGGAAGAGAAGCCUGCUCAGGCAGAGCACAACCGCAUCGAGCAGCAGCACCAAGGAGGCCCCCGGCAGGCAGCAGAGCAUCACUGAAGGGAGGAACAAGAAGGGCUCUGCCAAGGAGUGCUCAGCCUCUGCUGCAUCUGCCAGGGCAGAAGAGCAGCAGAGCAAGCUGGGCCUGGCAGCCAGCUGCUCAGGGGAGGAGCGUGAGCAGACCUUGGCCCUGCGGUUCCAGAGCUACGAGGCGUCCCGGGAGCGCGUGGCUCAUCUCUUGUCCUGCUGGGACAGGGUGCAGGCUGUCGCUGCAGAGCCAGGGCCGCUGCAGCAAGCAGCCCAGCAGCAGCCUUCCCCCUGCCUCAGGAGGCAGAAGUCGAGGAAGGAGCUCCAGAAGAGGCUGGGGGACCGCAAGCUGUCCCAGCGGGAAGGGGAAGGUGCGGCAGGGGCAGGCGGUGGCCAGGAAGUCGGGGUGCCCUGCCUAGACAUCGAGGUGCUGAGCUGUGCAGAUGUGCUGAGCACCAUCCUGGAGAGCAGGAGGCUGCCAAGGCCGGAGCAGGUCCUGGAUGAGCUGGGCCUGGGUCCCUCAGGGCCCCCCCUGCCCCCCACUGCUUUCUACUCUGUGGCUCACUACCCAGCCAAGAGAGAGCUGCCUGUGGCAGAAGCCGACCGGCGCUUUGUCCUCAUGCCACAAGCUGCCCCAGGCAAGGGCCCAGCUGCUGCUGCUCCCCUUUGCUCCUCAGCAGUGCCUGAAGGUUCCUCUUUCCCUGCCAGGAGCAGCAGCUACCGCUGGGUGGUGCCUGCCCGGGGCCAGGUGGUGCUGCAGGUCCACUUCAGCUCCGUGCUGCUGGGCAGCUUUGAGCAGAGGCUGCGCUUUGAGCUGCUGGGCACCAAGCGAGCCUACCAGCUGCUCUGCAGGGGCACCUGCCUGUACCCCUCCAUCAGCCAGGACCCACGGGAGGUGUUUCCUCGCUGCAGGCAGACGGAGGCAGCCGAUGCCAUCCUCUUGAAGGAGUAUGUGCUGGGCACCAGGGUGUUCCACUUCGGGCCGCUGCUGUGCGGCAAGGCCAGGGAGCGGUCCAAGGCUGUGCUGCAGGCUGGCAACUGCGAGCAGCUCUCCAUCCGCAACGUCAGCCCCUGGGAGGCAGAGGUGCACUUCUCCUGGCAGCGGGGUGGCAGCAGGGGCACCUUCCUCUUGGAGCCUGCCAGCAUGAAGCUGCAGCCUUAUGAGAAGCAGGAGCUGAGCAUCUGGGCCUACCCCACUGCAGUUGGGCUGGUGGAGGACAGCCUCAUCUGCCGCAUCAGGGACAACCCAGAGCCAGUGGUCUUCCACCUGUGCUGCCAGGGGGUGCAGGUGAAGCUGGAGGUCAGCCCCAGGCAGCUGCAUUUCGCCAGGGUGCUUCUGCACAGGGAGCAGAGCAGGAUCCUGCUGCUGCGGAACCGCUGCCCCCUGCCGGUGGCCUGGAGGCUCAGCGGGCUGGAGAGCCUCGGCCAGAGCUUCUCGGUGGCGCAGAGCCAGGGCACGGUCGGGCCCCGCUCGGAGCUGGCCGUGCAGCUGUGCUUCAGGGCCAGCAAGCCUCUGAGCCUGGAGAAGAUGAUCCGCUUGGAGGUUUCAGAUGCAGAAAAUGUCCAGGGGGUGGUUCAGGUGGAGACCAUCCAGGUCCUGGCCGAGGCCUACGAAGUUGCCCUGAACAUCACCCUGCCUGAAGGUGCAGAGGGCUGCCUGGACUUUGGAGUCCUGAACGUGCUGGGCAGUGCCAAGCAAGUGCUGACUCUGAGGAACCAAGGGCAGUGCAAGCUUGCAUACAGGUUCAGUCUGCGUCCCUCGGGCCCCGGCACCCACGACCUGGCCUCCCACUUCACCGUGCAGCCCCAGCAGGGCCUGCUGCCUCUCUCUGAGCGCCCUGUGGCUGUCCAGCUGCUCUUCCACCCCCAGAGGGAGAUCAGCAUCGAGGACAAAGCCGUCCUGCUGUGCCAGGUGCUGGAGCCCAGGCCGCGUGCAGGAGGGGAGCCCAUUGCCAGCAUCCCAGUGAGGCUGUCGGCCAGAGCUGUGCUCAGCCAGUACAGCAUCAGCCCCGCGGCGCUGCUCGACUGCGGGGCCGUGGCCAGCGGCACCAGGAGAGCCUGCAGCUUCCUGCUGCACAACACAGGCCUGCUGCCCUUCCAGUUCCUCAUCUGCAGAGCAGAGCAGGGGCCACCUGAGCCCACAGAGACAGGCUGGCUUCCUGGGCUGUGCUCUGGGCCAGGGAGUCCUCCCUGCCUGCCCUGGGCCCAGCUGGAGGCCGAGGCCUGGAGCCCUCCUUGCUGGGAGGCUCAGGGGGAGGCUGUUGGCCAUCAGCCUCUGCUGGGUCUCUCUCUGCAGGCUCACCUCAGCCUGGGCAUGUUCACUGUGUCCCCUGCCUUCGGCUGCAUCCUCGCUGGGGAGCAGCAGCUGGUGACAGUGGACUGCGCCGCGGGGCGGCCGGGGCCGUGCCAGGAGCGGCUGCUCAUUGACAUCAGCCACAGGGACCCCAGGGACAACCCUCUGGGCAUCCCCUACACCCUGCUGGCCGAGUCCUGCCUGCCAGCCUUCGUGGUGGAUGACAUCGAGGCCAUCUUUGAGGGGCACCAGAUCAGCAGCAGCAGCAGCCUCUGCCCAGGCCUGCAGAGAGGGCAGGAGCAGCAGGGAGUGUUCCUCACUGACCAGAACAAGUUCCUCUUCCCUGAUGUCCUGGUGGGGCACCGGGCCACGGCGCGCUUCAGCAUCCUCAACAGGAAGAGAGUGCCCUGUGAUGUGCUGCUCUCCAUCAAACCCAGCCCCAGGAAGCUGAAGAGCCGCCCUGGCCAGGUGUUCGAGGUGGAUCCUGCCCAGCUGUGUGUGCCCAGCUGCUCCCAGGCCUUUGCCACUGUCACCUUCAGCCCACAGAAGGUGAAGAGGUACCAGUGCACCUUUGAGGCCUCCCUUGAUGCUCAGAGAAGCCCUGCAGCAGGCAGAGCACAGAGCCUGAGCUUCGAGAUCUGCGGCGAGGGGAAGCUGCCGGAGGUGAGGGUCCUGCGCCCGGCGCGGAGGGACAGGAGAGGGAAGCCCCUGCUGCUCUUCAGGAGGCUGCCCCUGGGGGCCUGGCAGAAGCUGCCCCUGGUCCUGCAGAACUCUGGCCCUGUCCCUGCCCAGGUGCUGCUGGACCUGCUGGAUGAGCAGGGAGCUUUCUUCUUGAAAGCCAGGCCCACCACCAAGUGCCUCUACCAAGCUGUGGGCAUGGAGGCCUCUGCUGGAGAAGGUGAAAGGAAGCUCCACACUGCUGCCCUGCUCCUGCAGUGUGGGCAGGCAGCAGAGUUCGAGGUGCUCUUCAAAGCCAGCCUGCCCCAACGCCUGGAAGGGAAGCUCCAGCUGGCGCUGCUGGACAGCCCUGCUGGGGCCACCACCAUCAGGCUGCUGGGGGAGGGCUGCGAGGAGGACUUCAGCCUGGACAUCCUGGGGCUGGUGGCAGACAGGGAGGAGCAGAACCUCCCUGAGAGCAGCCUGGAGGAGGACAGCAUCGAGGCUGCCCCAGAGCACCACAUCCAGUUUGGGGCCUGUGCCCUGGGCACCCCCUGCUCGGUGACCUUCAGCCUCACCAACCGCAGCAGGGAGCAGGCCCUGCGCUUCCAGUGGCUGCCUGAGGCCCCCUUCCACUUCUCCCCCAGGGUGGGACACCUCCAUGCUGGCUGUGCCAAAGAUGUUACAGUCACCUUGCAGUCCCCAGUGGAGGUCACCUUCCAGAGGCACCCUGUGAAGUGCCAGCUCUGCAAGAUCCACUUCCAGCUGCCCCCAGAGGAGGUGCCUGACUGGGACGACCGCCGGGGCACCCUCAAGUGGGUGGAUGCCACCAGGGCCCCAGGUGCCAGCUGGCCUCUCAAGAGGAAGGUGCUGGAGCCAGAGGCAGAGCCAGCUCACACCGUGCUGGAGGGCAGCAGCCGCGAGGUGCAGCUUCUCCUCAGCGCUGCUGUCACCGGCUCUGAGCUCCAGCUGCCCACAGCCGACCUGGGGAAGUCUUCCUCUGCACUGGAUGAACCCAGACCAUCAGACUGCUAA